AUGCUCCGACGUCGUUAUUUCCUACGUCUGAGAUCCCCCACUUCAAUGCACUGCGAUACCAAUUGCCUACCAAUUGCCUACAACUCACGCCCUGCUGACAUGGCAAUGAUGCGCAACGAGCGAUGUGCAGUGUACCUCCUGGACACUUCGAAGAGCAUCACCCUCGCCUCUGUGGAUGGACCGGUUCUUCUCCUUUCGGCGGGGCCGGGCGUGGUCCAAGAGGAGAAUUCGAAGUCAAUCCUGAGAGUUGCAGACGGCAAGUUGUACGCCAGCUGGGAGCCCUUCCGAAGUGAAGAAAUCAGGUUGCGCAGUGUGGACGGCACGUUCUUUGCUGUGCAAGUGUUCGGACACACUGGGCACAUGGGACAGAGCAAGACGGCAUGCGAGCACGGUGACGGUGUUCGCAGUGACGUUGGGACAAAGCUCCUAGUCGAGAAUGCACUCGUCUGUGUUUGGGCCUUCGAGGUUGAAGCGGGGGCAGAAUGCCAUGUGCACCGCCAUCUGCGAGACUAUUUCUUCUUGAACAUCCUAGCCAGUGACACGAUCGCCUUAGACGAGCAAGGAAAGCCCAAAGGGCCGGUUUCACGACAGGAAGCCGGGCAACUGACGUUUGUACAUGUGCACCCACCAUAUCCAGUCCACGGUCUUGUUAACGUGGGAUCGCAGAGAUUUCGGCAGUUUGUGGUGGAAUUCAAGCAGAAGUGGCCGCCAUCACGCCUCUAG